UUCUGGCUUGCCUAUAGACUAUAGUCCACAUCUUCUUCUGGCCAAGAAUUAUAGACAAGGACCGAGGACUGUGGGUAUCUGCUUCUUCCUGAUGGCAAUGGCGACUCACUUAAUCGCAUUCCGGAAGCCGCAGAUGAUGCAACAUCAGAUCGUGUGCAGAAAGAAGGAGAAAGGUCGAGAUCAGAAUUAUCCCUAUAAAGUCAUCGAAGUUACUCCUCCUCCUAAAAGCCUUGGCGUUCGCUGCUUCCCUCCUAACUUGCAAUGUGGAGAUGGUGUGACAAUUGAAGGGCAAAAUUACACAAUCUCAGCAGUAACUCACAGGUAUCAGCUUCGAAAAGGUAAAUAUGAACCUUUUGAGAAGAGGCUUGAUGUUCUCUCCACUGGAAGAUACAUAUUGAAUUUAUAUCUUGAAAAUUUAUUAGAACAAUCUUAAAGAAACAAAUCAAGUAGAUUAAAAUGUAAAUCCGACUUUUAGGUCAAAUAAGAGAAAUGUACAACUUUUACUACUCAUGAUGCUAUCG